UUAGAAUUUAAAAAAGGUUCAUUUUUUAAGUAGAAACAAAUGGUAAAAUCCUAAUUUCUUGUCCUUCUUUUUAGUUGCUUCGGUUUUGCAGAAUUUGAAUUUCUUGGGUAUUUCAUCUUGCUCACAUUUGUCAUUCUUUUUUGGUUAUUUCUGAGAUUUGUAAUUCAUUUCAGUUUUAACUCUUCUUUUUUUACUCUCUUUUUUUCUUUCUUUUCUUGCAAUCUCUUUCUUUCGUAACGUUUCACCAACAUGUCCACAGCUAAUGUUCGAACAAUCGUUCGGGUUCGUCCCAAGUCUCUUCGAGAAUUAUCAACAAAUGCCGUCGAUCUCCUUACCGUGGAUGAAGAAAAAAAAGAAAUCAUAAUACAACCCCCUCCCGAAGGAUUAGAAAACUCUAGACACAGGCACAGAGUCCGAGGACCUCGAGUAUUUCAUCUCGAUGAGUGUUUUGUCCCUUCCGUUUUUGGAUCCAACGGCCAGGCGUCUGAAGAAGAAGCUAUCUUUCAAAGAAUAGGGCCCUAUUUAAUUCAUUCAGCAUUGGAGGGCUACAACACCUGUCUAUUCACCUAUGGUCAAAGCGGGAGCGGUAAAACAUAUUCAACAAUUGGUGUUCGCGGACAAGCUGGAUUGAUCCCGAGACUUUCAACUUUUCUUUUUAAUGAAAUAGAGAGGAUCGAAGAAGAAACGAAUGCUGUCAUUCGCGUCUCCAUUUCCGUAGUAGAAGUCCUAAACGAGACAGUAUACGACUUACUUGAAUCCAAGGAAUCCAAAGAAAAUGAUAUCCGAAUUGAUGCUUCUACACAUAAUUUUUCCCAAGGAUUCUCCCAAUUUGAAGUUGAAAAUGCUCAAGAGAUUGAUGCAUUUUUGCGGUUAGCGGUCAAGACAAGAAAAACCACAAUAGCAGAUCAAUAUGGAAAGUCUUAUGGUCAUACCGCUAUAAUUUUUAAAGUUCAUCAAAAAAUCCCGAAAACUGACAAGCAAGGUUCUAUGCAAAAAGAUUCUUACUUAAAAAUCUUAGAUUUAGGAAGUUUUGACCGAAGCUCUAACCGAAAAUCGGGAAAGGAUACACCAAGCGAGUCCGCCGCUAAUAACAACUCUUUAUCUGUAUUGAACCGAGUCAUUGCGUCCCUUACUAGCAAAAAAAACGAUCUCAUGAUUCCUUAUAAUGAUUCACUCCUUACUCGUCUGCUACGAGACGCUUUAGGAGGGAAUUGCAGGACCGUUAUGUUGGCUUGUGUGUCGCCAUGCGAUUUUGACGAUACAUUCUCAACUCUGAGAUAUGCGGAAGCAGCCAGAAAAAUUAAGAAUAUCUCUAUCUUAAACGUAAAGAAAAGUUAUGCUGAUUCUAAUGAGAAUGAAUUUGAUACAAUUCUUUCUACUUUGGAGUCUGACAGAGUUCAAAUGAAACGACAUGAAGAACACAGCAAAAAGCUGUUAGCAAUUAUUGAGGAUUUAAAGACAGAGUACGAAGGAAGGAUACGAAGCCUUGAAUCACAAAAUACUGCGCUGAAAAAUCAUCUUUGCUUGGCUGUUGAUGCAUAUCUCAACCCAGUGGAUUUGAACUUUUCGAAGAAAUCUGAUUCUGUGUCACAAAAAUCUUUCAACGAGAUGGUUCAAGCAGAGUUUAAUAGUUUUGAAAAAGAUGUGAAAUUGUUGGCUAAUGAUUUUGAAGCAAUCGUAGUGUCUCCCCAUGAUUUUAAUACUCCAAAACUUCGAAAUAUUGAAGAAGAAAGCCUGAGACACGAUUCUUUGUUAGAUUAAUUAGUCUUAAUUAAAUAAACAUAUAUGAAAGAAAAGGAUG